AUGGCGCUCGUCUCAACUCCUAGCAAUGCGUUUCAGCAGCGCUUGAACAAGGAGAAUGGUCCCCACCAGCUCGAGACGCCUUCAACGGCGAGCUCAACGGCGUCAAGACAGCGUGUCGUGUUUUCAAAUCGAAACCAGGAGCAUUGGUUUGGCCCCGUGCUCUCUGUCUAUCGCACGCCCUCGUCGUCACAAGAACCCUCAAAGUCCAUCCUCAAAAAGCGCACCUAUGAAGAGUUUCUUGCUGACGACCUUUUUCCUCCCGAUCAACUCCAACGACCGAGCACGCCAGAGCCAGAAAAUCCGCCGGAACAGCCAACCUAUUUGCUGUCGCCCAUCAAGACGAUUGUCCAGUCUGUCGCUCCUGGCUCUUUUGACGACGUUCCAGAGCCCACUCUGCUCAAUCUCAUCGAGGCUUACUGCGUCCUCAACGCCCGUAUCCGCGCAAAGCUCCUGCCGGUGCCCACCCUUGGCGAACCAAAGCCAGCAUCGACUGAGACAUUGGUCAUACCGGCCAUACAGCCGCUGCGCCAGUAUAUCAACCAGAUCGCUAUCGCAAUGACUCGAGAUAUCUCUCGGGCUCUCGAGGACCCGCUCAAAGGUAGUGAAACCCCCCAAGAGGACCUCCCUAGUCUGCCCUCGCCACCGCCUUCCUCACCCAUGGCCUUCGACUCGUCGCCAAUGGCGCUUAGCACUGCGUCGGACACGCCUGCAAAAAAGUCUGGCAUGAACGAGCAGCAGGUCAAACACGCACGAGACCUGUGUACGGUCGCACAGUCUGCCAUGAAGUUCUUUUCGUGCCUACUCUCGUUUACGGGCUUGAUACACAAUGGCAUCCUUUUCACAGAGCAGCAGUUAUCUGUCCUCGUUGGCGCUGUCCUCUCUGUCCCACAGGGCUCACCGUUACCAACGCCAAACUCUCGCAAGACAUGCGCACUUGCAGUUGGUAUCCUCGCUAAUUGCAGUCUGCCAGCAGCAGUCCUAGAGCCACACGCGACCGAGAUUGCGACCGUGUUCAAGCGUGGCAUUGACGGCGAGCUGGGUAGAGAAGGCAAGAAGGGAUCAGCAACAUCGGGCAUUUUCCUCUUCCCGUUUAGCAUUCUUGUCCCCUCCCUUCUCCGCAUUAUCUCUGGACCCACAAACAAUAUGCAUUCGCAUUCUGGGUUUGCGCUCGGUGGUUUGGCGUGGGCAUCCAUUGAAGCACCCUCGACCCCAACCGCUAUUCGGGACGCCGUGACCGAAUGCCUCUCUUUGAAGCCAGCAAAGAAAAAGGAUGGCAACCAGAAGGAUGUCCAACCUCCUCCAGUUCUUGUUUCCGUUACCAGAUACUUUCACCAUCUCUUGCAAACGACAACCGCAAAGGACUCUGGCGAUGGCAAAUCGGAGGUGGGAUCCGCGGCAGCUAAUGCGGCACAUACUGUCGCCAUGUGGGGGCUCAUGGUUCUGAGUUCGCUCAUUGUCCUUUCCCAGGGGGCAUUCCAUAAUAGCAAGCUCCUCACUGGGACCAUCACCCGAAUUGCUCGUAUCCUCCUCGCGAGCAAACGUGUGGCGAUCCGUACCGCUGCAUCCUGGUGCUGGCGAUCCUAUCUGUGGUCUGUCAUGCGUCAAUUUGACGAAAUGGACGUCGAGCAGCAUGAUGACAAGGUCGAACUCAUCCAACGAGUAUUUGAGUUUCUGGACAAGGGAGUCGGAACCGGUCUUGUGUGUGCGUUGCUCGUUGGCAGUGCCGGUCGAGAGGAUAGGGAUUUGAGGAUCGACUUGAGCUUGACCGCGCUCUCCGAGAUGACCAAUCGACGGGCAAAUGUGGACGAAGUUCUCCAUGUUCUUUCACGUCUACUCGAGACGGAAAAAUAUGCGAGCCCCGAAGGACCAGCGCUUGGAUGGGACUUGAAUAAGCUCCUACCAAUGCCGCUCUUUGAUGGACAACUGGCGGAUGCCGAUCCCAAACAAGUGCUUGUUCUCAUCAAGCAGCAAGCGUCGCUGGACGAAAACUGGGCAGAAGAAAUCACGCCCCUCAGAAAAGAGGAAUGUGAUAGUCGAUUGAGCAAGCUCUAUGAAAUUUGGCAUGGUGCUGUCAGAUCUCAAGGAAUUGACGAGCGUGGGCAUCCAUUUGUAUGUAUACCCGCUCUCUCUCUCGCUGCAUUAUUAACGCCUCCAAAGGAGAAUAUUCAAGAAGCUUGGAAGCUCCUGGUCAAGCUUCUUCCGACACCCCCAUCGGAAACAGUCCUGUCGUUUAUCACUGAGCCCACUCACACCUGGACAAAUAUUGCCGAGCCUACCAACUCUAGCUCCUUGAUCCCACAUCAGGUUGCCCAAAUCCGUUUCCUCAAGUGUAUCUGGAAUGGUCUUGCCCAGCAUUUCGGCCCCAUUCCGGAAAUGAAGCAGCUCGCGCUCGACAUUUAUGACCAAGGACUCCAAGUAUUUCAACUCGAGGAGAAGAAGAUUGAAGAAGUGUGUCUCGAGCUCUUCUUCCAACUCUCAGAGAUUGAAAACUCGAUCGUCUCCCUCAUCACGGAACAUGACGAGUGGUCUGCUUCGCUCAAGCACACAUUCUGGACGCAGAGCAUCAACCUUGCGACGGACGAGGACCUCUUGCGAACUCUGUGCCGUGUUCCAUUUGGCGAGCCACAACCAUUUGAACUGUCUGAAGACGACUGGAUCUUCUGGGAGAUGACAUGGCAACAGUAUGCUUCGAUUCGAGGAGAGGACCACGCCGAUAUCUGGAUGUUGCAUCAGCAGUUUGCGGACGAACUCUCUAGUCACCUCUUGCCAGCUGAAGCGUGCAAGAUUGUCACAGCGAUUCUUCGAACUCUUCCAACGACCCCGGCCCCUCAAGAUGUCGACUGCCAUAGCUUUUACACUCUUCUCAACCAGACGUUGCUUCUUGCCUAUAGCUGCGGCUCCAAGGAGUGCAUGCAUCUCGCCAUCUCCAUCCUGCGCGUCUUGACGCAGACGAUGCCACUGUUGCAUGAGACUUGCUUGGAUGCCCUCACUCCUUGCUUAAUCCACUGGAUCCACGACGAAGAGCACCAUUUGUCCGACUCUGAAUACGACCUAAUCGUUGGUUCGACAUUUGAAGCAGCCCUCAAUGUCCUCAAGCGCAAGGCAGUGUCUGGUGAGACGCUUGCGGCUCACAGUGAGUUGUUGGCAUCCAUCGAAGCUCGCUCGACGGAGGGCGGCGCGACGCGAACUGUCUUCCAACGCUUCUGGGAUGGACAAUAUGCGGGUGUUAUCAGUAUGGAUGAUGUCCCCGAAGCACUGUAUCCACUUUUGCAGAUCACGGAAUCAGUGGCCGAGACAGAGGCCAUGGAGGAAGAGGACGCGGCGGAUAACUUGAUGCAGAGCGACGAUACUCCCUCGCAACCCUCUUCAUCGCCCGGAAUUCCGAAUGUCCACGCCGCGUCCCCUCUUCGAGACCCACUUGCCCAUGUCGCACCUGCGAGCGAGGCACCCGAUGCCCUCGACGAUUUACCACCAGAAGUCGCGGCCACGAUCGGCCUAAGACGAUGGACAGGCUCUUCCGAUGAUCUUAGCGCGUCCGUCUUUGGCAAUGAAUCUGUGCCUUCGCCCUUCUACCGCGUCUCGAGGCCUUCGCGAUCCAUCUUCUUCUCGCCCGGAACGCCAGGCAGGAGCACCAUCCCCAACUUUAAUUAUGUUCCCAGCCCUGCUUAUCUUGGACACAGUCCCCGAAAGCCAACUUCUCUUUCUUGCGAGCUUUCGGCUUCGUUGUUCGGCACUGAAUCUCCUGCCUCUCCCAAUAAGAAGAAGAGACGCAUGGGCGAUGACGAUGAUGACAUGACUCCGAGCAAGCGCAGACGGCACGCCGUGGACACCGACUCGGAAUCAGACUCGGACGAUGAUAAAACGCCAAAGAGGCCGUGGCUCGACUUCGACCCAAGCUCAGACGAUGAAGGGCCUCUGCGGUCAAUGCCGUUCCGACCAUUUUCGGCCCACAAUCUUCCAAUGAGUCCCUUCAAGUUUGGAGCACUCUCGUCUGCGCCACCUUCGCCAGCUAAACCGGUGCCGACUGUCAAGCAGCUCAACGAGUGUCUCGCCGAAACCACGCUUGAGAGCCAACCCCGCUAUGUCGAGAGCGGACAAAUGGAAAAGGGAAACCCUAUUGCUAAACGCCGCCGCCUCGAGAGUGAAGACGAUGUUUCGACUAUCGAGCUUGUGCCCUUCUCUGAUGAUGCACUUCAUAGUGAUGAUGUUACGUCUGACUCACUUCCUCCAUCCGACUCGCCUGUUCUAAAUUCGGAUGACCUUGAUCCUCAUGCCAUCGUAUCUCCUCCCAUGGCGGAGGGUGAGGCCGGCAGUGACGAUAGCAACGACAGUCCUCUCAAAGCCCUCGCUGACCGCAAGAAGCGCCAAAACGUGUCAAAGGUCCGCUCGUCGCCCUAUUCUCCUCGAAGACUCCAGCCACCGACUCCGGUCAAACACGCACAAUCGGAGCCAUUCUCGGGCCCUGAAUUCCAAAAGGCCAUCAAGCAAGCGUUUUCACUUUUCCCGUCCAUGGACAACAAGAGUUUGCAGCACAUGUCGUCGCUCUUGGAUCAAAUGCGGAGCAAGGUUGACACCGAGCUCGAGCGUCGGCGUUCGGAACCUUGUUGA